AUGGAGACUAAAACAGGCAGUCAAGACAAUAACAUCCUGCAAGACCAUACCAGCUUAAAUUUUACAACCUACUUAAAUGCAUCACUUUCAUUCCCCUAUCAUGUGAACAAUGCAGUGCUGGGGAUAAUUCUGGGCAUGUUGUGUCUCCUGACAAUUAUUAUGAACAUUCUGGUUCUUGUCGCAGUGAGGAAAGAACGUACUUUACAUACUGUGGGGAACCUUUACAUCGUCAGCCUCUCUUUAGCAGAUCUAAUAGUUGGAGCGACUGUAAUGCCACUAAACUUGGUCUAUCUACUUGAGGACGAAUGGAAACUUGGUCGUGUGGUGUGUCAGUUCUGGUUGGUAAUGGAUUAUGUAGCUAGCACAGCCUCAAUUUUCAGUUUGUUUAUCCUUUGCUUGGACAGAUAUCAGUCUGUUAGACACCCAUUAAGGUAUUUGAAAUAUCGAACACGAGGAAGAGCGACAUUGGUGAUUUGUUUUGCUUGGCUUCUCUCCAUGAUGUGGAUUAUUCCCAUUUUGGGAUGGAGGAUGUUUGCUAAUGUUGACCAGAAACCUGAGCUUGAAAACAAGUGCGACACGGACUUUCGCUUUGUCACAUGGUUUAAAGUACUGACCGCCAUUCUCAACUUUUACAUCCCGUCAUUCCUGAUGCUAUGGUUCUAUUCACAAAUUUUCAUAGCUGUGCGAGAACAUUACAAGCAGUGGGAGAGUGUCACUAUUGCUAAGGUGGUGGCAGAUGAAGACAUCACUGUGCAAAGCUUAAAACAUCAGAGAACGAUAUGUAAAAUGGCAGAGGAAGAGAAUCUGGCUUUGCAGACUUACUCUCAAAAGGAAGAUACGUUGGAUCAGUAUACUUUGGAGCAGCCAUACAACUCAAGGGACACUAAUGAGAAUGGUGAAUCCCUGUGUGAUAAAAAAUCCAAACACAGGAAAACCUCAUUUUUUAAGAUUACAAAUCCUAAGAAGAAAAUUGUGAGGAAGCCGCAAGAGGUUUCCUCAGUAAACCAAGAGGUACAUUCUGAAACACCUUCAAAGGAUCCAUCGUUACCUCUGGGCUUUUUGGAACAUGAAGAGAAUGCAGAUCUCAAAAUGUUUGUAUCUGUUACUGAUUGUAAUGUAUUAGUGCCGAAUUCGGUUGCUAAUAUUUGCGAGAUAACACCCAACAUUGAUGUUCACAAACACAUCACCGUUCUCUGUAAUGACGAUACUAAUGCACAGUCACCUGUAUCGCAAGGGUCAUGGAUGCACGACAAUGGUCCAACAGAAGACUGUAAUAACACUAUGACUUUGAAGCAAACAUGGCAGAAGUUCUGUGAACAGUCCAGACAGUGUGUCCAGAACAUGCGUGUUCAUAAGGAACGGAAAGCAGUGAGGCAGUUGGGCUUCAUCAUCAGCGCUUUUAUGGUGUGCUGGAUCCCAUAUUUUAUCACCUUCAUGGUCAUGGCACUGUGCAACACUUGCAUCCAUCAUGACCUCCACAUGUUCACUAUAUGGUUGGGUUACAUUAAUUCUACUCUGAACCCCUUUAUUUAUCCACUUUGCAAUGAAAAUUUCAAAAGAGUAUUUAAAAAGUUCUUUCGUAUCAAGCAGUGA